CAUCAGCUGAUGCGCGCUGAAAGACCGCAAGGCAGAUUUGCUCGCCCUGUUUUCAUUCCGUAGCUAGGUAUGUAUAAUAUCCCGCAUCGACUUACUUUAGGCCCUCUGCGCCUCAAUGCCAAUGCAAGCCAACUCAGCCUGUCGAUCAUCGCCUUAAAUUGGCAUUCAGUCUCAAUGCCUUCAAACACCUUACCUGCAUCCUCUGCUUCUCUCCGUCUCGCUAAACUCGGUGACUAUAGGCGAAAUAGGAAUUACAAGUACCGACAGCAUCUUUCUUGAAUCCAUUACAUCCCAUUUAGACCAAGACCAGAACGAAUCUUGGGAAGUCGCAAACGGCAAGUUGAUAUUAGGCUUUCCCAAAUAAACUACAAACUCCAGGUUUUUCGCUAGUAAAAAUGCAUCGUGGGACUCGACUCACUGUCCCCUCAGGGGAUAGUGGUCACAUGGGCAAUGUACGACUGCACAAACUAUGGGCAGGGGAAUAUCUUGCUGCGCCAGAUGACAAUCUGGGUCCUGACUCCGACCUUGUUCGAGAAGUCGAGUGCGACGAGCUUAACCUACAGCACAUCGAGACCAGGAUACAGCAGCUUAUUCCCAUCUUGGAUAUUGCGAAGGGGUUUUGUUCGAAAUGCAGGCAUCUACUGGACCACUGGCCAGACUUGUCGGCAACUGACUGGGACUACGCUCCAGGCCGCUCUUUUAGCAGUGUGUCCGAGAUAGAAGCCGCUACCAGAACUGGCUGCAAGUUCUGUACCUUCCUCUUCUCACGAUUGCUCGAAGAUGGGCUUCUGGACAAUUUUCGGAAAAUAGAAUCGCGGCUUGUUGUUCUUGGUCACGAUGCGACCAUAACACUAUCGAUUCAGAACUGGGGCCAGGGGCCGGCACAGUCUCAAAUCUUGUGGUUAAACUUACCGGGAAAGGAGGCAACUCACUGCAACAGUGAAGGCGCCCGUGCCGCCAGCUUUGAGUCCAACGUGAUGAAACUCUCUGCAAAACUGUGGCAGGAAAAGAUCGACAUAUUUGAGGUUGCGAGAAUCUGGCUCCGUGAAUGUUGCGUCUUUCACGGACAGUGCCGUCCUACAAAAGAGUACAGCCGACCCUCAAGGUUAAUCUCCUUCGAGCAAAAUGUUGCUCGAGUUGUUCUUACAGAAAGUCUCGACAUCAUGCCGCAAUACGCCACCCUGAGCUAUUGCUGGGGACGCGAGCCGUUCCUGAUGCUAGAUACUGACACAAUGGGCUCGUUUCUUGAUGGGAUUGCCAUAAAACACCUUCCGAAAAUCUUCCAAGAUGCCAUUCAUGUGGCGCGGGAAUUAGGACUGUCGUACAUCUGGAUAGACGCCCUGUGCAUCAUCCAACAGAACGAUGGCCACGACGACUGGCUCCAGGAAUUGGGCCUUAUGGAAUCGAUUUACGGUAAUUCCUAUGUCAACCUUGCCGCGUCAUCCGCAACAAAUGUACAUGGGAGCUUAUUCUCGAAACCUGAGCACUACAGCGCGGGCUUCUGUGCACGAGUCACUACAAGCGAAUACUGUACUGUUCAGAGUUUCUAUAAAGAAAACCUGUACAGGAAAUUCUCCAACGGCUCACAUCUGGCCACGCGUGGUUGGACGCUCCAAGAAAGAUUGCUACCUCCCCGCACAAUCUUUUUCGGAGACAGCGGCAUCUUUUGGGAAUGCAGAUCCAUGACCAGAUCUGAGUUCUCACCCGAUGUGUCCCGCGCGGUCUUUAACCAUCACUUCCUCCGCCCAGACAAUAAGGAAUGGCCCUGGUGGCAGAUUGUCCAGGACUACUCUAGAAGCAUGCUGACGAAUCCAUCGGAUCGAUUACCCGCUUUGGCUGGCGUUGCCAGACGUCAGCAUGAAGCAACUGGCCAUCACUAUCUUGCCGGGAUGUGGAGGGAGAAUCUUCUGUCACAACUGACUUGGAUGGUGGUUGGCGAACGUCGUAACAGACCAGUUUGGAGAGCGCCCUCCUGGUCCUGGAUGUCAGUCGAUUCUGGAGUAAGGUGCUGGCCAUGGCUGGAUCUCUCGCAUAUGUCAAAAUAUAUCAGUGUAUCACGAGCGCGCACGGAGCCUUCGGGCUUGGAUCCCUUUGGUCAUGUCAGCUCCGGCUUACUUUCGAUAGCAUGUUCAGCGCUCGUGCACGCACAGCUAUUCGAAUCUACAAGGCCCGAGGAAGCUGCAAGAGAACAGGAUGCCCCGCGCUACCCUCUUGCGAGGGUGAAAAGCGUUGACUCAUACUUUCCCAUUUCUAUCGAUUGCUUGGAAGAUGACCUUAUCCAGAGUAGAGAUGACAUCUAUCUCUUGCCAGUCUUCAGUGGUCCAUCAGGUUCUAGUCGGCAAUGGACGCAAACAGAGGUCAAGGACGGCAAAGAGAAUAAGAAAGAAAAUCAGAUAUCUGAGCAGGACCGAACCUCAGUUGAUUCAGACUCGGAUUUGGAAAUGAGGGAGCAAUUAAUCAUACGCGGCCUUGUUCUUCGGAACUAUGAGAAAGACGCUGGAAAUCAAGGUCGUUUCUACCGUAUUGGGUCGUUCAACUUUGAGAAUUUUAGUAUGGGUUUCGGUGAUCCCGAAUGGGACAGAGACUACUGUCAAGAAUUCAUACGAAUUCUGGAUGAAGAAAGGGCAGAACUGGAUGGAGAAGAGUGUUUUGAUACACUGGGUAGUCAACGUCGUGUCAAGAACAGUUUCUGUAUUACAAUUGAGUAACGCUAAUUAUAGUAGUAGCAGUAGUAGUUUUGGAGUCUUCAAAUCGUUCCCAUUCCACGAGAACCUCUUUAUAGCUUCCUGUUUAGAC